GAGACUGUGAAUCUCGACCAUCUCGACAGGUCACGAGUUGCGGAGAACAAGGAAAGCAAGUACUCCCGGUGAGGAUGGCGGGCCGAUUGUCUCCAACGGCGAAUUUGCUUCGCAAGUCCCGUCUCUUCUCCUUACCCCAGAGCCUGUCGCCUCCUGCUACUCCCACCUCUUCUUCUACCGUCGUUGAAUCCGACACGGCAACACUCCCUUUUCCGAUCCGCGCUGCCAUUGCAACACCACCUUCAUCAUUAGCAAGAGGCGAUUGGGGCCUCAAGAGACCCCUACCGGCGAAGUCCACGACCGAGAGCUCAUCAUCCCCCGUCGUUCGCGUCAAUCACUUAGAUACUUUCGAGCAUGUCACGGAUUUUGAAUCCGCUGCCGAUCACGCUACCACGCUGAAAAAAUGGCAAGAACUUUUUCUUCCGCUGUCAACCGUGCUGAAUACCGGUAUUCCAUCUGCUGCCGGGGGCGGGCGACAUUUAAGCGUUUUUGAGAAAAGUGCAGAUAACACCCACGAGAGCAAGAAUGUCGAUGAUCUAAACGCAAAACGAUUCAGAUUCAAGGGGCCGUGGCUGGCAGGUCAGACGGAAACUGAAUUUCAGAAUUAUCUAAAAUCCGUUAGAAAGCAAAGACCCCAGUUUCUGCAGAGGCUACGUCAGGUCCUUGCGGAACGAAAGGCCUCGGAAUCCCGAAAAGCCCUUUUAGAUCGGGGUGAACCCAUUGGAGAGCGUCAGGUGUCGCAAGAACUGAGCGACGAGGAGUUCGAAACAGCUCUGAGAGCUUUGCGCGCAAAUCCUGAGGCCCUCGGCCCAGAAAUUCACAAGUUCCUGGAUCUGGCCACGCCGCCGAAUGUACCUGAUCAAUACCUCACGCGACGUCGCUGGACCGCUGGACCGUCAAACAUAUCUUCUACCGAAUAUGUAACGCAUGGCCCUCCAACAACACAUCCUUCUGCGGGCCUAUCCUACCUUCGCACUAAGGCGCAUAUGGACAACCACCCAGUUGUUGGACCGCAACAGCAACCCAAACCAGUCGAGGCUCGUGUUCUAAGCGCAAAGAGGGCUCAAAAAUUACGAACUGUGAUUGGUGUUGGUGGAAUUGUUGUCGAUGAUCUUAAAUCGCAGGGAUGGAGACAAAAUAGGUCGCUUGGGGGACCUGUCGGUCCUGAUCCGGAUGCUCCUGGUGGCUCUAAGUAUUGGGUUAAGGCUGAAAGAGCCGCUAUACGAUCAGACGGCAGAGUUGAGCUACAGGUUGGGCGGCCAUCCGAAGCAGCUAAGUCUCUUAUCGGAGUAUCCGACGCACAACAGUCGUCGGUUUCUUUGCCAAAGAACCUCUUUAGAUCCGUCCCUCGGCUUGACACUUGAGGGUCAGAUUUAGUUAUA